UCAAGCCCUCUCUUCCCCUCUCUUCAAUGGCCGAUUCUGCGACUGCUGAGAUUCCGAUCAAUGGCGAACCCGCCGGACGGACGAAGAAACCUAGAAACAGCCGGAAGGCUCUGAAGGACAAAAACUCUUCCCCGGAAGAGCCUCAAUCUCAAUCCAUGGUUACGAAGGUAACGCAGUCGUCGGUAGAGGAGAGCCUCUCGCAGAAUCUGUCUUCGCCUAAAAAAUCGAAAUCGAAAGCUGCGCCGAAGAAGCAGCAGGCGAAGCCGUCCUUUGACAAAGAGUUGCAGGAAAUGCAGGACAUGCUUCAACAACUGAGGCUCGAUAAGGAGAAGACUGAGGAGCUUUUGAAAGCCAAAGAUGAGAUUCUUAAGCAGAAGGAUGAAGAGCUUAAGACGAGGGAUAAAGAACAGGAGAAGCUCCACAUCGAGUUGAAGAAGUUGCAGAAGUUGAAGGAGUUCAAACCUACUAUGAACUUCCCUAUGGUUCAAAUUUACAAAGACAAGGAACAAGAGAAGAAAGAGAAGAAGAAGUGCCCCGAAAAGAAGAGGCCCUCUCCACCUUACAUUCUAUGGUGCAAGGAUCAGUGGAACGAGAUCAAGAAGGAGAAUCCAGAGGCAGAGUUCAAAGAAAUCUCGAACAUAUUGGGAGCGAAGUGGAAGACUAUCACUGCAGAUGAGAAGAAGCCAUAUGAGGGGAGGUACCAGGCUGAAAAAGAAGCCUUUUUGCAGAUCACUUCUAAAGAGAAGCGUGAGAGCGAGGCGAUGAAGCUGUUAGAAGAGGAGCAGAAGCAGAAGACAGCCAUGGAGCUGCUUGAGCAGUACCUCCAAUUCAAAGGGGAAGCAGAGAAGGAGAACAAGAAGAAGAAAGAGAAAGAUCCAUUGAAGCCCAAGCAACCAAUGUCGGCCUUUUUCCUCUUCUCAAAUGAGAGGCGUGCCACCCUUCUCGCUGAGAACAAGAAUAUUCUAGAGGUAGCCAAGUUAGCAGGUGAGGAGUGGAAGAACAUGACAGAGGAGCAGAGAGUACCUUAUGAAGAGAUGGCGAAGAAGAACAGGGAUAAAUACACUCAGGAAAUGGAAAUUUACAAGCAGAAAAAGGAGGAGGAAGCAGCUAUCCUCAAGAAGGAAGAGGAAGAGCAAAUGAAGCUUCAGAAACAUGAAGCUUUGAUGUUGCUGAAGAAAAAAGAGAAAAAUGAGACCAUCAUAAAGAAAACAAAAGAGGAGCGCCAGAAGAAGAAGAAGGAAGGGAAGAAGAAUGUUGACCCCAACAAGCCCAAGAAGCCUGCAUCCUCUUACAUCUUGUUCAGCAAGGAAGCAAGGAAAACUGUAAUGGAGGAGAGGCCAGGAGUUAACAACUCUACAGUUAAUGCACUGAUUUCAGUGAAAUGGAAGGAACUGAGUGAAGGGGAAAGGAAAAUUUGGAAUGAUAGAGCUGCAGAAGCAAUGGAGGGUUACAAAAAGGAAGUGGAGGAAUACAACAAAACUGUUGCUGAAAUGAAGAAUGCUGCUGAUGCUGAUGAGAAGAAGGCCUAGAGAAGAAAACUAUUGGGAAAACUCUUGUUCUUUUUUCACUGUUCAAGUGUAUUUUGAACAGUCCCUAACAAUGACUGGUUUUGAUUAGUUUGCUGCUAAUCUUCUUGUUGGUAGGUAUUUAAAAAAAAAAAAAAAAAGAUUUCUGAAGCUGUUGAUGGAAGGAAUUGUAGUAUUGAAAUGGUGUGUAAUUGGUAUAUGUUCUGUUUUAAUGGGAAAAUUGUUCUGACCUCAGCA